CUCUAUUGUGCAAUUGGAGCUGCGAGGUGAAAGCACAGGCAGAAUGGAGGUGGAGAGCUGCGGUUCGCUUGUAGGUUUGUGGCUUCAGUAGCAGCAACAGCAGUAGCAAGCAGCCAACAGCAGCAGAAGCCGCCUGCACUGGGGCGGGGGGAAGGGAAGAGGGGGGGCUUUGUUAGUUCCACACAAUCGUCGCCCGUGGAAGACCCCCGCAUCCUCGCCAGCCACAGCAAAGCGGCCACGAUGGAGCAAGGACAGCAAGAUCUGUAAUGAUCGUUAUUAGCAUUUUAAAAAGCCACCACCAGAAGGAAACGAAAGAAGAAGAAGGGGGAGCGGCGGCGGCGGCUCAUCGGAGCCCUCCUCCCUCCAAGCCAGGAAAAGAGGCACGGAGAGACAGAGGAGAAAGGCGAGGAAAGGCCAUUUUAACGUGGCUACGGUCUGCCUGCUGGGCAGCCGCGAGCUCCUGCUUUGGAGGUCUUUAUUCCCCCUCUGCGCUAUUGACCACUUCUGGAAACCCUGAUUUGCAGCCCAACUAGAGCCGUGACCCCCCAGAGGCUGCUGGCUCCUCUCAUUUGUGUUGUCUUGGAAGAUCCCACAGCCAACCCUGUCGCCUUCCUGUAGCCAAUGAAUUCAAUGAACCCAAUGAAACCAUCGCUCCCACCCACCCCACAUGGUGAUGGUUCAUAUGCCUACGAGUCAGUUCCUUGGCAACAGAAUACCAACCAGCCUGCAGGAUCUCUCUCAGUGGUAACCACAGUGUGGGGAGUCAGCAACACAUCCCAGAGUCAGGUUUUUGGAAACCCCAUGGGCCCCGGGGGAAACACCUCUGGCAAUCCCAUGAUGCCCAGUGUGGCCAGCAGCGGCUCUGGAAUGAACUCGCCUCAGUUUAUGGGGCAGCAACCUUUCCCAGAAGGCUCCACUGGCAAGGGCUACGUGCAGCCGACAAUGUACAGUCGCAACACUUACCCUGGAGGUCCAGGCUUCACCACGAGUUAUGCAGGCAGCCCGAGUGGCCCCGGAGGAAUGGGCAUUCCUCCACAUUCUGGGAGACCUGCAGACUUCACCCAAGCAGCAGCCGCUGCCGCCGUUGCAGCCGCUGCCGCCACGGCCACGGCCACAGCUACAGCCACAGUUGCCGCCCUGCAAGAGAAGCAAAGCCAGGAGCUCAGCCAGUAUGGAGCGAUGGGAGCUGGCCAGACCUUCAACAGCCAGUUCCUUCCUCACUCGGGGCCACGAGGACCCUCCGUGCCCCCCGGCAUGAAUCCCACCAACAUGGGCAGCGUGAUGGGUGCUUCGGGGAUGUCUCCCAUCAGCAUGAACACAGCAAGGGCCCCUGCCAUGAGCGCCCUGUACGGUGGGCAGCGGAUGCCCCAGCAUGGAUACCCCGGCCCCCCUCAAGGGCAGCCGAUCCCACGGCAAAGCAUCAAGAGGACCUAUUCCAGUGAGGGUUAUCCAGGACAACAGUACAUGCAGGGUAGCCAGUACCCUUCCCAGGCUGGACAAUAUGCCCCCAAUGCACCCCAGCCAUCUGCUCCAUCCCCCUCAUAUCCUGGCCACAGGAUGCCCAUGCAACAAGGAAUGAGCCAGUAUCUUUCUGCUGCCGGCACUAGUGCUCCAUACUAUAAGCCUACUGAUCAGUUCAACGGUCAAAAUGCCAACUUCAGUGGAGGCAACUUCAACAGCUAUGGACAGGCUACUAUGAAUGGGCCUGGAAGAUCCAUGCCUGGUUACCCCAGCUCCCCGCUACCUGGCAAUCCCACCCCUCCAAUGACACCGGGAAGUAACAUCCCUCCAUACAUGUCCCCAGGUCAGGAUGUGAAGUCACCCUUCCUUCCAGACAUCAAACCCAACAUCAAUUCUUUGCACCCGUCUCCCUCUGGAAACCCCUGUGAUGAGCUGCGCUUGACUUUCCCCGUCCGGGAUGGCGUGGUGUUGGAGCCCUUUCGCCUCCAGCACAACUUGGCCGUCAGCAAUCAUGUCUUCCAGCUCAGGGACUCAGUGUACAAGACUCUGAUGCUCAGGCCUGACUUAGAGCUGCAGUUUAAGUGCUACCACCACGAGGACCGACAAAUGAACACCAACUGGCCAGCCUCAGUCCAGGUCAGCGUGAAUGCCACGCCCUUGACCAUUGAGCGGGGAGACAACAAGACCUCGCACAAGCCCCUCUACCUAAAGCAGGUGUGCCAACCUGGCAGGAACACCAUCCAGAUCACGGUCACUGCUUGCUGCUGUUCUCACCUCUUCGUUCUGCAGCUGGUCCACAGGCCUUCUGUCCGCUCUGUUUUGCAAGGCUUGAUAAAAAAGCGGCUCCUCCCAGCUGAGCACUGCAUCACCAAAAUAAAGCGAAACUUCAGCAGUGGCACAAUCCCUGGAACUCCAGGUCCAAAUGGGGAAGAUGGUGUGGAGCAAACGGCCAUCAAGGUGUCUCUAAAGUGCCCCAUCACUUUUCGGAGAAUCCAGCUUCCUGCCAGGGGUCAUGAUUGCAGGCACAUACAGUGCUUUGACCUGGAGUCCUAUCUGCAGCUGAACUGUGAAAGGGGGACGUGGAGGUGUCCUGUUUGCAAUAAAACAGCCCUGUUGGAGGGACUUGAAGUGGAUCAGUACAUGUUGGGGAUCCUCAUCUAUAUUCAAAAUUCUGAAUACGAGGAGAUCACCAUUGACCCGAUGUGCAGCUGGAAGCCAGUGCCUGUCAAGCCUGACAUCCACAUCAAGGAGGAGCAAGAUGGGCCUGUGCUGAAGCGCUGCCGCACCAUGAGCCCCACCCAUAUGGUGAUGCCCAACGUCAUGGAGAUGAUUGCUGCCCUGGGACCCGGCCCCUCGCCUUUUGGUCCCCUGCAACCUGCGUCUUCCGGCAGCAGCAGCAGUGACUACACCAGCCAAAGUUCAAGCUUUUCUGGUCCUGGAACUUUCCCAGAUUCAUUCCCUACUGUGAACCCCAGCACCCCGACGUUAAAUGAAUUCAACUCGGGUCCUCCCCCAAUCUCCUACCAGUCUGACAUUCCCAGCAGCCUGCUGACUCCCGAAAAGCCACCUGCUCCCUCCAUCACUGGACAGAUGCCUCCGUCGAACAGGAUGGAGCCUUCCCACAAUCCUAUGCAGCAAGGGCUAAACAAUCCUAAUCUUGGCAGCCAACCGGGGCAGCAGCUCCACCAUCGGAACCCUCCCCCACCACAAUCACGGCAGCCCAUGGGACAGUCGGGAUCAGGAGGUCAGGCACACGGAGGGGAUCUCGCCUUCAAUCCUGGGCCUGGGAUGGGGGGCCCGCCAGGACCUGGAGAAGGGUCUGAGCCUUCCCUUGAUCUUCUUCCUGAGCUGACGAACCCAGAUGAGCUGCUGUCCUACUUAGGACCCCCUGAUCUCCCCAAUAAUAGCAACGAUGACCUGCUUUCAUUGUUUGAGAACAACUGAAGCCACCCUUUAUGGAACAGUCACCAAGCGCCACACACCACGCACACACAUCUGCACAUCUCAUACACACACACAAACACCUCGACAUUCACAUAACGCAUCCCAUGGUUUCCCAGGCUUCCACUGAGAGGGGGGGGGGCUUGCCUCGGUAUUGUGGCAGUGCCCACAGAAUCCUGCCAGCGAGUCAGCCCCUUUCUAAGGCAGCCCAAGAACCUUUGGCCAGGCAGCCAUCCCGUUUUGUCCGAGUAGUCUCCCCUCCAGAAGGGCUCCCGCGGACAGUAGAACAGCUUUGCUUUAGCUGUAUCAGCAGCUCUUUGAACCCCAAGGAGAGAUGAGGGGCGCCGUUCCUUGAAGACUUCCUUGUGACCGAAUUGCUCAGGCCAUGGCAAGGUGCUAGGUUAGCCACGCGGCAGAGGUAUCAUCUCUGCUGAGCUGCCCCCAUGAGAGACAGCCUAUACAACCCACAGCCAGGGAAGGAGGAAACGGAGCCACAGGGCUUCCCGUAAUGUUAGCACAGCCGAUAACUCUGCCCCUUCCUUGGGCCCAUUGUCCUGGAUCUUAGCCUUGGGAGGAGCACCUAAAAGAUGAGACAUUGUAGAAAGAAACUGGCUCCUCCCUGUUGAUACGUUGUCCUAGCGUUCUUAAGCCACAAGCUCCUGUGAGAAAAGAGCAGUGACUGACGGCGUCCGGAAGAAGAUGUACACGGAGCGCACUUGCUUUUGCAUGUCCUCGGACCUGGAGGCCCCCAGAAGCCCGCUCUGCCUGUCCAAACUCCCCAGUCCUGAGAGGGGAUGUAGCAGACCUUUUUCUCUUUUAUGGUUUCCAGCCUCGCAGAAGUGACUGAGCAAACAGGGAUCAGGAUCCGAAACCUGUGCACAGGCUCCGAAGCGUUGGUUCCUGGCCAUGAGACCCACAAGAGCUUGAGCUGGAAAACUUUGUUUUCCAUUGCUUCUCCCCACAGACUACCACAACGAAGAAGGAAUGUGUCUGAUGGGAAGAAAGAGGCAGUUCCCUGGACGCAACCUGACAGACUUGUCUCCAUCUGUCAGUGGAUCCGUCUACAAGCACAAUAAUGUAAAUAAUGUAGAAACACUAAAGGAAACAAAAAAAAAAAAAGCAAGGGGGGAGGAAAGGGGGCAGGGAGGGGAGGAAAUAUUUAAAAGCAAGCCACAUCACUCUGUUGUAUAGUCUCAAGGGCUUCCCAGCCUUGGGGCAAAAGUCCUCUGUAUAAAUGUGCAUAAGCUUCCUAGAUUGUAAUAUAGACCAUUCCACAUGGGGCUGUGUGCACUAUCCAGAGACUUGAUGCAUUUAGCCAUAGCUGGGGGCCGUCCCUUGCGUUUGACAUGUGUGCGUCCCACCAAAGUAGGAUCUGGAUGCUGAGAACUCAUUUUAAUCCUGAGCCCCAGAAAUAAGUGCAACAAAGUCAGUCGAAAUCAAACACAAAAAGGGUGUGUUGACCUGCCGUUCCCCUCCAUCUCGCUCAGGAACCUACUUCAGUUGAGGUUGCAUUUGGGAUGGUGUCAUAGAGGUCCCAAAGGUUACCUUGCCUGUGAAGAAUCAAACCAUUGUCCGUGGGCAGGUUUCCUGAGCCACGGAGUCCCUGUGUCCAAGUGCUGACAGCUCUGUUGAGUUUUGUGUAUCUUGUUUCAUUAUUGCUAUAUAUUAAAGGAUUCUUUUUGGUGGGGCUCACCAAAUA